UUUCCCCACGGGUGACCCUGCGCGGCAGCGCCUCCUGACGUAAAAUUCCCCAAUUCGGAGCACCGAAAACUCCAGGAAAUCUGCACCUGACAAAUCGAUUUUCUUUUCCUUUUAAUCGCAUUUCGGCUUCGAAGCCCACCACGCCGUUUCCGUCUCGUGUCUCGCGCGCGCGGCAUCGCCGCCACCACCACCACCGGAACCCUACGAAGAGACCCCCGGCCGUCCCGCCGCCGCACGCGGCGAUGGGGGCGGCGCGGCGGGGCCUGCUGCUCGACCAGUGGCGCGGGAUCCAGGAGGACGAGGAGGCGUACGACGACCGCGGCGACCCUUCCGCGGCCAACCAUCGCCGCCGCCGCCUCAACCAGGCCAAGGAGCAGUGGUUUUCACAUUGUUUUGAUUUUCUAGAAAGUUUGCCAAAAGAAGAGCAUAUUUGGUGUGGAUAUGCUGAUAUUAUGGGACCUUUUUUAGAAAUGUUCCAUGGUUACUUUGAUGAGCAGGAAAACUCACUCGUUAGAACAAUAUGGUCACGGAUUUCUCAAGAACUGGGCAUUUGUACACAGUGUGUGUGUGAACACCACCAGGCACAGGAAUCUUUUGAUACUGAAUGUCGGUCAGGUAGUAUUGACCCCCUCCAGAAAGUAUUACGGCAUCUUGAUGAAGAGAGGGUUACGAAGCACCUAGAAAAGAUAAAUGCAAUGAUUCAGCUUAAGGAAUAUGACCCUUCCUGUCAUGGUGCAGAAGUUGUUUGCAUAAUGUUCGAAGUUUUGAUGUAUCCUGUUCUAUUAGAUGACCAAUCACUGGCUAAUCAGUUCCAGAAGUUCAUUGAAACAAUUGAUGAAUCAUAUGAAGUGAGCCUUUCAACUAAUCAGCAAUAUCCUGGUGUUUACGCAUUACUUUUCUUCAAAAGUGGUAAAGCUCGGGCUAUUGGUCUUCGCUUAUCCCGAUCCAUGGGUAAAUUAAGGAAAGCGGUUGACCUGGAACCGCUGCAACCCUUACUGCAAAAGUACAUCAAUUUCCUGGAUGCUGAAGUUCUUCCAUCUACUCCAGAAUUUUCAAGGCCCAGGGUGCAGCUCCAAAGGGCUGAUGUUUGGCUUGGAUUUAAAUCACUCCUUGGAUUUCUCGAGGCACCUGCUUUUGAAGAUGGAAUCUUGGAGAAAUACCCUAUCUUCCUGAAUAUUGUACUUAACCAUGUCAGUGAUGACGGAUUCGAUUUAUCAUGUGCUGUUAGUUGCCUCAAAGCAUCAUUUGAAAUGCUUGGCUGCAAACUUUGGUUGAGAACAACGCUAUCACCUAGUGUUAUUCGGAACACAUUAUUGGGUCAGUGUUUUCACACUCGAGAUGAGAAAAGUCACAAAGAAAUAUUCGAUCUUUUCAUCCCGUUUCUUCAGUCCCUUGAAGCUCUACAAGAUGGCGAACAUGAGAAGCAACGGAGGAAUAUUUUGUAUUUUCUUCUUCAUCAAGUAACUCGGAGUAGUAAUUUCAGUGCACUGAUGAGAAAAAAUGCUACUAAGAUUGCUCUUCUUAUUGUGCAAAGAGGCUACACAAUGAACCCUCCUUGCCCAGCCUCGGAAUGUGCCCAUAUGUGGGGACCAUCUUUGAUAUUCUCGUUAAAUGAUACAUCCUUGCAUAGUUCUCUGCGUCAACCUGCGUUUGAUCUCAUCAAUAUUCUCAUAGUUUCUGAUGCUUCUGCCUUGAUUUCCUUUAAACUGAAGUAUGAGUCUGCCACAAAGGGUGAUUCAAGCAACUCUGUCAUGUUUGUCGAGGACGAGGAUGAAUUGCCUUUUGCCGAUGAUACCGCGGAAAAGGAGUACAGCUGUUGGAGUGAUUUCAGAGCUCUGAACAAGUUGACAUUUAGGGGAUGCAAGGAUUGGACAUGUGUCCCUUUGUUAUGGUAUCUGGUAAUGGUUCAGUUGGAACCCUCUAAACUGCCUAUGGCUUUUUCGAAAGCAGUGUUUUGGGCUCUAUCUCAUAUUUCUAUUUUGGAGCCUGGGUUAGCUAUGGACUUGUCAGUGCCUGUAAAUGAUUGGUUAUCGUCACAUGCUGGAGAAGUCUCGUCAACAUUUUCAUGGCAAGUUCCAAAUGGUGCUGAUGAUGGUGGAGGUGGGAAGGAUUGCAUCAAUACUCUCAAGGUGUCAAAAUUUGGUACCCUGUUAUUGAGAAUAUUUAAAAGAUUUGCAAUCCGUGUCAUCAUGCAAAUUGAGCAAUGUGGGCUUCAAAAGCAAUGGACAUGGGAACCAAUGAUGGCGGAAAGCUUGAUUUUGGCACUAGUUGAUCCCAAUGAUAAUGUGCGGCAAGCAGGGAGGGCUGUCAUGGAACAUGUAUCCCAAGCACGGGGUUUGACUCCUGGGCUUCAAUUUCUGUGCUCAAGUGCAUCUUCACUGUCUGCUGUUUUCGUGGGUCUAAGAUAUGCAGUGCAGCUGGUGGAAAGGCAGUCACUUUUGGCAGAUUUUCAUAGUCUUCAUCACUUGUUUUUUGUCAUAUGCAAAUUAGUCAAGGAGGACAUUGCUCAACAGCCUUCAAUUCCACAGCCAACAAAACCUUCUGAAGGUGGUUUCUUGCGUCAACCAUUUUCAAAUGUACCAAUUACCCCACCAGAACAUGCUGUAGAUAUUAUUUCCUGGGAGAAGUUCAGCACUUUGCUUUCAGCAACUCUCUGGCCUUUAAUUUCCGCGUGCCUGAUAAAGGGAGACGAGCUAAUAAAUACCAAACAAUGUCAGAUAUCAUGUGUUCGAGUGCUUGAGUUGCUUCCCCUAGUCUACAACAGAGUCAACUCAUAUUGUGCUGAGCCAUUCAGUAUGACGACAAUGGUUCCAGACCCUAGUGAUAUGACAUGGCUUUUUCACUUGAUUAACUGGGGGAAAUCAUCUCUGCUUGUGAUCAGCAGACACUGGAAACAGUGCAUGCUAUCUUUAUUUAAAAUAUUAAAGGGUUCACAUGGUGACACCAUUCAACGCUCCAUUGAAGAUCUUGGUGAUACCAUUUCACACGAUGUAAUUGAUAUGGAUGCACUUAAAGGGAGAAUUUCUAAUCUUAAUCUUGCGGUGUUCAAGAAGGUGCCCACAAAAUCAGUUGAAACCAUCCCUUCUCUGAUUAGGCACACAGAUCAGGAGAGGCAUACUGGUCGGGACAAUCUUGAGACCAUGAAGCCCUCUCACGCGUCAGACACCGAACACAUAAUUCUUCUUUCAGACAGUGAAGAAAAUUUGCCUACAGAUGAUGUCAUUGGUGAGGAGGUUUUGUCUUCAGUGAAGGAGAAUGACGGAUUUACUGCUUCAGAUCUGUUAAAAAAUCCCUCUGUACAAACAAUGCCAGUUGAAGAUAAACAUGUGUCCUUAAAACAGCAGACACAUAGUGAUAUUAGUGCCUCUUCAAGACCUGUAUCGACGGAGAGUAGAGGCACACGUGCUGCCUCAAAAGGAUUAGGUGGAACAAAAAUGCCAAGUGUUCCAGCCAAUAAAAAUAGUACUUCCCAUUUACCAAACAAGGUUAAAUCAUCUGUUAGCGCCACUACUCAACCAUCCCGUCCAAAUUUGUCAUCGGAUGUAUGCAAAUUUAAGUCAAUUUUCAGAGAUAUAUCUGAUGAUGAAGAUGAUCCCUUAGAGCAUGCACUUGAUAAUUACAGAAGACCACAAAUUCGUGUAACAAAGUCUGCCAUAUUAAUUCCUAAAAGGCAAAUAGUUCAACUUCAGUUGCCUUCUGAAAGGAGACAGUCUUCUGGCAGACCGGAUACCAGUUUCCGACGUUUUAGUCCUCCUAAGCUGGACAGUUGGUUUAAGAAUAUAUUGGAAAUGGAUUACUUUGCUAUUGUUGGGCUAUCUUCUUCCGAGACAGUAAAGAAACCUGCUUUAAAACAAAUUCCUGUCUGCUUUGAUUCACAAGCUCAAUACAUUGAGAUCUUCCAGCCACUUGUUAUAGAAGAGUUCAAAGCUCAGUUGCAGAAUGCUUAUGUUGAAACCCCUCCUGAAGAUAUGAUGUGCGGCUCUAUAUCUAUACUCUCAGUUGAAAGAGUUGAUGAGUUUCUUGUUGUUCGUGGGCGUGCUGAGAACACAGUGUGUGUCAAAUCUAAAGGGUGUAUAGAGAAUGAUCUAAUACUGCUUACCAAGGAUCCACUGAAAAGCUCUGGACAGCAAGUCCAUGUGCUUGGAAAGGUGGAUCGGCGUGAGAGUGACAAAAAUAAGGCUUUAAUUAUUGUAAUAAAGUUCUACCUCUCGAAUGAGAUUCCACGUUUAAAUAAAGUGAAACGGCUUCUUGUUGAAAGAAGUAAAUGGUUCUUGAAUCGGGUUUUGAGCAUGACUCCUCAACUCCGAGAAUUCAGUGCUCUCUCAUCAUUAAAUGACAUCCCAGUGCUUCCAGUAAUCCUGAAUCCUGUUUCAUGUACUGCAACCAAUCAUGAAUCUUUUAAAGUGUAUCUUGAUAAACUUGCACGCCCUCUGCGGAAAGUAUUGAAGUCUUCAUACAAUGACAGCCAGCUCCAAGCUGUUAGUAUUGCCAUUGGGUCAGCAAGCUCGAAAACAAAAUGUGAUCUGUCUCUUAUUCAGGGCCCUCCAGGUACAGGUAAAACAAAAACUAUUGUUGCGAUCGUGAGUGCAUUGCUUUCUUUACAUGCCGACAACUCUUACAAUUUACCAAGAAAUGAAUCCCUGGCUAGUGCUGAAUUUACCAAGCCAAGAACAAAGAUUAGUCAAACUGCUGCAGUAGCUAGAGCUUGGCAGGAUGCAGCCCUGGCUAAACAACAGAUAAAGGAUUCCCAGAGAGAAAACCCGAGGACAGAACGGCUUUCAAAAGGCAUCCUUUCAAGAGGAAGGGCUCUAAUAUGUGCGCAGUCAAAUGCGGCAGUUGAUGAACUUGUGUCAAGACUCAGUAAAGGAUUGUAUGAUACUGAAGGAAAGCUGUAUAGACCUUAUAUAGUGAGGGUUGGUAAUGCAAAGACAGUUCAUCCUAAUUCAAUCCCUUUCUUUAUUGACACACUUGUUGAACAAAGGUUGUCAGACGAGUUGAAGAUUAAUGAUGAAUCCAAAAUUUCAUCCGAUGGCGGAUCCUCUGGUUCACUUAGGGCUAGGUUGGAGAAGGUUGUAGACAGAAUUAGAUAUUAUGAGUCACGGCGAAAACUAGUGGAGGGUGAUAAGACAGAAACUGGAUCUUCUGUGCCCGAUGAAGAUGAGAUGGAUGAAGUUUCUGAUGAAGCAAUUGGUGCAAAGCUCAAUAUUUUAUAUACACAGAAAAGGGCAGUUUCUUCAGAACUUGCCACUGCUCAUGCACGUGAAAAGAAAAUAGCUGAUGAAAACAAGUCUCUUAAGCACAAGGUAAGGAAGUCAAUUCUCGGAGAAGCAGAGAUUGUUGUGACAACGCUCAGUGGGUGUGGAGGUGAUAUUUACGGAGUUUGCUCGGAAACUGCUUCAGCUAAGAAAUACGGGAAUUUCUCUGAGCAAGCUUUGUUUGAUGUUGUUGUUAUCGAUGAAGCUGCGCAGGUGGGGUCUCAGACUCUCAAUACUAACUGUCCUCUUUCAAAUCAAGCUAGCUUUAUAUUUAAUAUUUAUUAUAUGAAUGUAGAUGUCAAUCACCCUCUUACCAUGCGGGAGUCCGAUUUCUCAAUCAUGACUGUCAAGAAUACAUGGGUUCCCUGGUUUCAGCCAUACUUGGACCAAUCACAAUGGUCAGAGUAUCAUGGAGUCCAACUACGGCUGGACCCGCAAUUGAAGGUCGUUAGAUGGGGAAGACGUAAGACAAAGCGUCUUAGAGGUGACAUGGAUGGAUGGGGCCGUGGUGCUGGUCAAGAAACCGGCACCGGCUAA